ACAACUAUGGCAGCCGCCAGUGGUAGAUUUGAAAGUGAGAGGAGUAUCGAAGAGCGGAAAGAACAGACCCGGCUCGCCAGGGCCGAGGCGUUGCGCCAGGCUAAAGCCAACUUUGAAAAAGAAGAAAGGCGGAAAGAACUGAAGCGACUUCGGGGUGAGGAUACAUGGAUGCUGCCUGAGGUGAACGAGCAAAUUGAACAUCUCUCACAGGAGCACUCUGUGAAGAAAAGGAAGAAAAAGAAACAUUCAAAAAAAGCAAAGAAACAAGAAAAAAAGAGCAAGAAACAGAAAUAUGAGAAAAACAGUGAAUCAACCGAUAGUUCAUCUAGCUCUGAGGAAGAGUGGGUUGAAGCUGUGCCAUCCCAGACUUCUUCCAAGGAAAAGGCCUGGAAAGUAAAAGAUGACAAGUUAGAAAAGGAAGAUGGCAGCCAAGUUAUUCAGAGGGAUGAAUGGAUGACUGUAGAUUUUAUGUCCGUUAAAACUGUGUCAUCAUCUUCACUGACAGCUGAAAGGGAAUCUCUAAGAAAAGCAGAACAGGAGAAAGCCCAAGCGCUUGAACAGUCCAAACUCUUGGAAAGAGAACUGAACCCGUACUGGAAGGAUGGUAGAACAGGUCUUCCCCCGGAAGACUGUGGUGUGUCAUCCGUUACUAAAGUUUCAGGAGUAGAAGAUGGUGGAUUAAGCUGGCUAAAGAAGUCUUAUCAGAGAAUGAAGGAACAAGCUGAGAAACAAAAUAAAAAUCUGGAGGACACUGUAGCUCAAAGAUAUGGGUCAAUGGAAAUAUUUCAGUCGAAAUUAGCAGAAGCAGAAAAAAUUGCAUCUAGAAAAGAAGACUAUAGAAGAGAAUGGUGGAGGAAACCAGCUUUUUCAGAUAAAGCACAGAAUAGUCAAGAAAAUAGAAAAUCAGACUUAAUAAAAUGUAACAAAAGUUCAAGAGAUAGUUAUAGUAAAGCAGAUAUUGAAAAUAGUAGCAGUAAACAGAAACUUUUGGAUGAUGAAAAAGAUAAGAGAUCUGGGUCUUUGGAAACUUGUAGAACAGAAUGCACCCCAAGGCAAAAUCAAGAGUUUUCUUCUGGAAAUUUGAGACCUAAAUUCUUAAAGCCCUGUGAUGAUGAAGAACUAUCAUUUCACAGUAAAAGCAAAAACUUUGAACCGUCUCGUUUAUCGACAUCAGGGGCAGCAGAGGGUUCUUUGCAUUGUGGUUUUCGAAAACCCAUAGAAAACAGUGAGGAAAAGUUAACAUCAUGGAGUGGAUCUGACAGGAGUAAAGACUGCAAGAAACGUUCGCAUCAGACGCCAUCGGAAAGCAGCAGCAGGGACUGUUGACACAUUUCAGAGGAUGUGAAUGAAAAACCACAGCCUGAAAGCUUGCAAGAUAACCCCCGGAACAAAGAAUCUCUACGGGAAACAAAGUCCGCACUGGCUGGCAGUGGUCCACAGGAUGAGUCCAUGCACGUUCUAAGUGUUGAUGAGAGGAACAAGCUGGUCAAGAUUAUCAGGGCAGAGAUGAUGGGCAAUAUGGAAUUAGCUGAACAACUUAAAGCCCAGUUUGAGAAGGCAAAUAAAUGCAAGGACACUGUAACACAGAUAUCUUCCAAAAAAUCUGGAGUAGACAAUGAAGACCAGCAGGAAGUGGUCCUUGUCAGAACUGAUCAGUCUGGAAGAGGAUGGCCUGUGAACACGUCAGAAAGUUCUCUGGAAGCACGAGGAGGAAGAAGGAAGAGACAGACGGUUUCUACCCAUGAGGAAAGAGUCAGAUACUUUCAUGAUGAUGAUAAUCUGAGCCUAAAUGAUUUAGUCAGAAAUGAAAAGAGGGGAACAGCAAAAAAUCAGAACAAACUUUUUCUGAGAAUGGCAUCUAAGUUUAUGGGAAAAGCAGAUGGAGACUAUUAUACUCUGGAUGACAUGUCUGUAGCCAGGGCAGACGAGAGAGAACGACCUGGUAACGGGGAAGAGCAUCAGAGUCUCGCUGCACAAAUGGAAAAAUGCCUCUACUGUUUUGACAGCUCUCAGUUUCCUAAACACCCCAUUGGUGCAAUAGGUGUUAAGGUUUAUUUAUGUUUACCCAAUUUUCAGUCUCUUACUGAGGGGCACUGCCUGAUAGUUCCCGUGCAGCACCAUAGAGCAGCUACCUUAUUGGACGAAGACAUCUGGGAGGAAAUUCAGAUGUUCAGAAAAUCCUUGGUAAAGAUGUUUCAAGAGGGGCCCGGCGCCGUGGCCUAG